GUGUUCAUAAUACACGAAAAUAUAUGUGCGUGCUUAAGUUGUAAACAACGAAUUAACACAGGAGCUCGUAAAGUAGCAAUUGCACAAGAAAGGCGAGGGUAAUAGUGUCAUUCUCCGAUCCCACCACCACCACCACCACCACCACCACCGCCGCACCAGUUUCUUCAUCUCCUCCUCCUACGUCUGAAAUUGAGAAAUCUGGAGAGGAGAAGAUAAGAUCAAACUUAAUUUCGCUUUUUUUUUUUUGAGUCGUUUCUGGGGAAGAUCUAAGUAGUAGUUGGAUUCGUUGAACGCAAGUGGAUUUGGUAAAGAGAGAGAGAGAGAGAGAGAGAGAAUCAAUGACGGAGGUUGUUCUUCACAUAUACGAUGUGACCAACAGUGGAUCUGAGAAGACUAACAACACCAUUGUUCAGAUCAAUAGGUUCUUUAAAGACGGGAUCGGUCUAGGCGGUAUAUUCCACAGCGCUCUUCAGGUAUAUGGAGAUGAUGAAUGGUCUUACGGGUAUUGUGAACAAGGAACUGGUGUGUUCAGCUGUCCCAGUGGCAAGAAUCCAAUGUACACUUAUCGUGAGAAAAUUGUCCUUGGGAAGACAGAUUGCACAAUCUUCAUGGUGAAUCAGAUGUUGCGUGAGCUCAGCAGGGAAUGGCCAGGACACACUUAUGAUUUGUUGUCAAAAAACUGCAAUCACUUCUGCGAUUUACUCUGUGACAAGCUUGGUGUGCCAAAGAUCCCAGGUUGGGUGAAUCGUUUUGCCAAUGCUGGUGACACAGCCUUGGAAGUGGCAGGAAACACGGCAAUGCGGAUGAAGCAAGCCAAAACAGAACUUGUGUCAGCUAGUAAAGUGGCUUAUCGCUUCCUCUCAAAUGUUACCUCGAACGUGACCAAUGGGUCCAAUGGCUCUCCACAGCGAACCGGAACUCUCAACAAUUCAGAUAAUGGGAACUUCAAACUGCAAGGUAGUUGGUUCAAAGGCAUACUUAACACUGCCAAACCCUCCACAAGUACAGAGAUAGGGCACAAAGAUGAAGAUGCAAACCAUGCAAUCACCAAUCAGAAAAAACAAAGCAGGGACUCUGAUGUUCUACUGUUUUAGUAGCAAUCAUCGCAAUGCAUAUGGUUAACUGUGUAUUCUCAGCACUAUUCUCCCGUUCUGUAAUCUUUACUUUGUAUCAACGUUGAACCCAUCAUUUUUUCCAAAUUUUUAUAUCAGCGUGUGCUUUUGUUAAGAUCA